AGGAGUAGUAUGCUUCCUUGUCUCUUCCUUUUUUCACCAAAUAAUGCUAAGACUUUGCAUGGCCUAUGUAUUUAGCUUGACAAGAGUUGCAAAUUCAAAUCUGGUUUAUAUAUUUCAGCAUUACCACAAGAAAAAACCAAAUUCACAACAUUUUUAAUUGUUAAAGAAUCAUAUAUAUCUUAAGUAAAAGAAGAAGAUGAUGAAUGGUGAAGGGAGCUACAUCAAGUUGAUCUAAUGAUAGUACAGAAGAUGAUGACAAUAUCAGAAGGAAACUAUGCAGUAACCGAUGCUAAUGGUAACAUCAUGUUCAAAGUUAAGAGCAAAGUUCUGAGCCCUCGCGAUCUUCAUGUCUUGCUUGAUGCUGCUGGUAAUCUCGUAGUCUCUUUUCAGAAAAAGAUUAUGAGUAUGCUUAGUACCUGGAAAGUUUAUAGAGGAGAUAGCAGUGACUCCAAAGAUUUAGUUUUCACAGUAAGGAAGUCAUCUUUCUUUCAAUUCAAGACUCAACUGGAUGUCUUCUUAGCUUCUAACACUUCAAAAGAUAACCGCGACUUCAAAAUCAAAGGCAGCUGGUUUGAAAAAUCAUGUACUACCAUUUAUGCCGAAAAAUCUCAACUGUCAUUGCCCAGAUGCACAAGAAGCAUAAGAGUUAGUAGCAUUGUGCUUGGAAAGGACAAAUUUGCAGUUACUGUCUACCCGCAUAUUGACUAUGCCUUCAUCGUUGCUCUAGUUGUGAUCCUGGAAGAAAUCAAUGAAGAAGGCAAAAAUGGCGGCAGUGGCAGACUUCAGCGGUGCCAGUACCCGUUCUGUUGGCGGUUGUGGUGCUAGCUAACUUUUUAGUAUGAUGUUUUUCGAGUCAUUUUGUGCCUAUGUGGAGGACUUCCUCAUAGGCCAAAGUAUGUCCAAGUCCACCCUAAAAAACUGGGUCAUCUUGAUUGAAUUCAUUCUCUAGUCAUUGUGCUUAGUUUUUAGUAUGGUUUCCUAGUCAUAUACUAGGCUACCUGUACUUGCUAUUUUCGGGCCUGUUUGGUGAUAUUUCAUUUCAGUUUAGUUUAUUUGUUAGCUCAGAACAUUAGUGUCAUUUGAGAGGGAUGACUCUGCAGGUGAAUGUAUUUUGAUUUUUACCAAUGAAAAUCAUAAUGCUUGCCACUUAACCAUUCAGAUUCAACUUUAUAAUGUAAGUACGUUCAAGAAUUUAUGGGGCAGGUUUCUAUACAACGGUGAGUGCCGGGCAAAAAAAUUACAGAACACUACAACUUACUGCAUGUUGUUAUCAUUAUUCAAUCUUUUAAUCUUCAUUGAACUCAUCAAAUUGUAGCUUAUGAGUUUGAACUAUUCUCUUCUUAUCAGAACCUUCCACGAAGUUUUUUAUUCUGCAAAGUCUUAGUCUGUGUUUGGGUAAGGUUGCUUAUGGCUUUUUCUGAUAAGGAGCUGAAUUCUACUUUUCUUGACCUGUUUGUGUAAAAAGCCAGAAACACUUAUAAAAAGCUGAGAAUGCUCGCUUUUGUUUCAGGACUUCUACUUUUUCCCAUAUAGUUUAAUCACUUAUAAGUCUCAAUUUACUUCUCACUUCUGGUCCAUUUUUUUUUUACUUUAAGCAAGAAGUAAUUUUUCCUAAUCUUAUCCAAAAGGCCCUUUUAAUUUUCAGAAAUAGAUGAUGUCUAACCAGGUACAGGUAAACGGCUACACGCUUCUUGAUCUAAGAAUUGACCUAUCAUUGGUUAAUCUCCUCUGUAAUAUAGUAAUCAAACUACCAAGGCCAAGUCAAAAAGAUUACAAACCAAUUACCAACACAUUAUAGUCUUACAAUCGGCUCAAAGAUAAUGUAAAUAAAGAAUUUAUCUGAGGUCAUCCGCCGAGUAGUA